UAAUCAUAUGCUCGUAAUCCGAUCACGUGACAUCCCAGGCGCGAAGGCUGAAAGAAGAAAGCUGCACAUUUCUUUCGACAAAAAUGUCGAUGUCUGUGUUACAGGCAACACAGAAUGAUUAUGAACAGAGGUUCAAUUGCAUUGUCUGCUUGUCUCCACGUCUAAAAAUGGUUUAUGGAUUGUGCCAACAUAGAGUGUGUGAGGAUUGUUUAUACAAUGAUAAAAUGAUCAGAAGAUCAAGCUUUGACAAAUGCCCCACAUGCUUGAAAGAAAACACAUUUCCCUUACUCAGACCAGAUAUUCCAGAAGAUAAUAUUGAACAUCAAAAGUGCUUAGGUGUGAGGUCAUGUCCUCAUGAAGGCUGUAACAUGGAAAUGUGGGAAUGGGAACUGGAAUCACAUCUUUUGGUGUGUCCUAAUAGAAUCAAGGUGAAAAGUGUUAGCAACAAAAGACCAUCAUUACCUGACAAGCAUAGUGAAAGUGAGAAGAGAUUAAAAUCUCUACCUGAAGCAAGAACUCUAUCAACAAGAGUGCUCAGAUCAAAAUCGUUGUCAGUUCGUGUGAUAGGGACUAGAAGAAUGCAUAGACGUUCUCAGAACAGCACCGAUCUUUUGUGACACAAGUCUUGUGACAGCAGAAGGAUGCUAACAUGCCAAUACUUGUAUCAGCUGAUGUUGUCUUUUCCUGUAUGAUAUAACCCAUGUUAGUAUAAAAAUGGUUUCCUGGCCAUGAAAUACCUCUUUUCGUUAGUAAAAAGUUAUAUCUCUGUGUUACUUGGAAUGUUGUGUCAAAGAAAGAAAGAUUGUUGGGAGUCUCACAAAAAAUGAGUGACUGUCUGGUUUAUUUAUAGAACCUAUACAAUACCCAGGUAUAUCCUGAAUCUCCGCUAAUCAUGAUGAAGUGAUGGUGGUGAAAGAAUGUGUGGUAUGAUCUAAAAUUUGUUUUGUUGACAAAUGUAUUCGGUUAAAUUCAAAUACAUAUAUUAGCUGAUCCCAAAAAUGCUAUCCUGCAGGAAGUAAUGGAUUUUAAUACUGACCAGUAAGGGUAUAAAUUGAUAAAUUGUAUCAAUUGACUCUGCUUCAACACAACUUUCUCCUCUCUCUAUACUUUUUCCUUAUUCUACCUUUACAUUUCUUUUUCAGUAGUUUCAUUUUUCUGAAGUUUUCAAUGAUUUGUAAGAAAUCCUGUGUGAUUGAGCAAUUGAUGUAAAUGUGAUUUCUAUUGUGCACUUUUUUCUGUUAUUGAGUAUUUGAUCAGACAUCUCUAUAUAUGUAUGUAUAUAUAUCCAAUCUUCAGAGCAAUAUAUUGGCCAGAUAGGUGAAAGGCAAGUGUACAUGUGUUAUUACUGUGCCCACUAACUACCCUGUAUUUGUUAAAUUGCCAUUCGAAAUAAUUCAAGCUUUGUUAGAAUUUCUAGUAUAAGAUCAUAGCUUGAUGGACAGCACAUAUUGGACCUAACUGCACCUAAGGGACUGAUAGUUGGAGCCAAAAUAAUGGGUAAAUUUUGCUGAAAUACAUCAUUCAGGUGGCUGUUAAGGCCCAAUGUCUAGUUUUUGCAUAUUCGGGUAGGUGUAUUUAAUUUAGAAUUAAGAUUUUAUAUCUUAAGAAGUUAAUAAAACUUAUAUAUAAGCAUUUUAGUAUGUAUUGGACUAACCAUGGGCCUUAGCUUGCUAUGGACAUGUAAUUUGUCAAGCUGUUUGUACAUUUCAACAAAACAUAAAAAGUGUAUGUUUCAGGGGAAACAAUUAGCUCAUUUGAUUUAAAUAUAUUGCACAUAAUAACCAUGCUAUUUUGAUCACAAAUGUAUAUAAUUGUGCAUUGGUUUGACUGCAUUUGACUUAGUAUAACAAUAAUUAUAUUUUGACCUUGAAAUGCAAAUAGAAGUUGUGAAUAAUAUAAAAAUAUGGCAUAUAGGGAGGCAUUUCAAACCUCAAAACUGCUUACUAGACACUAUUAAGAUAUAUCUGAAUAUAGCAAGUCCAAGUAAAAGUAGACUGUUUUAAGGGGAACAAAUUUCAACAGCUGAGUUUAAGAUAAUAUAUGCAUAUUUCUGAAAAAAAUAAGCCCCCAACUCCAUAGUUUAACUAUUUGUCUUGAAAAAAUCCUUACUAUGAUCAAAUGUCUUAAUAGUUUGAGAUAGGAAAUUUUUAUUGAUUGAAAUGUCUCUCUUUAUGCCACAUUUGUUAUAAUAUAAUCACCAUUUGUACAUAAAAGCCAAAUGUGUCAAACAAAUGCUCGUAUUCCUUAAUUACAUGGCUAUUUUGUGGGUUUUUUUUUUUUUAUAAUUUGUGUGACUUAUAAUUCCCUACUACAUCUUUAAUACCACAAAGUAACUUUACAGAAGAAAUUAUGCAUCUACAGCAAAUUAUAGAUGAUUUUGAAAAAUUACAUGUCCAUGCAAACAGUUUGGUAUGUAAUUACAUGACUAGUUUUGUGCACAUUUGUAGAUAUUUAUUUGUUUUUAAAACUCAACAAUAUAUUAUUCUAUAUAGAAGACCUUUAAGUAAUGUACAAAAGUUCUAGAUAAUCUGUAAACAUCUUAUUUCUGAAUAGACAAGAAGACAGCUAUUUAUAUGUUAUACUGCUUCGAGACAUCUGAGGGUAUAAUUAAGAAUCAUUCUCUUUAACCAAAAGAUGUACAUUUUGUACACGCCUUUAUUCAAUAUAUUGUCUGAAGGGGUAGAAUUAAUACUUCUCCAGUCAGGUCACAGGAAGAUUUCGUAUCUAAAUGUGCACAGAUAGUAGUAAUGGCAUUGAUUAAUUAUUAAUUCUUGUGAACCAUGUAUAUAGUAAUAACUUUAAUAGUGAAUUAUAUAAGUUAAACUUGUAAAUGUGUUUGAUAUCAAUGUAUAAGAACUGUCAAAUAAAGUCUUCAAUAUUUAUUAUGAAGCGUUUUUUGCUUCAAGAAUUUUGAUGACGAACCUGACUAUUAAGAUGUCAUUGUCAUUUAGGAAUUAUCUUGAUCAUGUUUUAAGGAGGCAAUGCUGCUUUCUUUGAAUUUGACUAUAUUAUUUAUGAGUCUUUUUGUCAUUUAAACAAUGAGGUUACAAUGUGAAUAAACUUGAGAUGAAUAUA